AUGGAGGAUAACCGCCCCGACGAGAAAACGAUGGCUUCGGACCUAUUUGCACAGGCUAAUCAUGGUGAGGAGGAUCGUCUGCUCAAGCCGACGGAGCUGCAAGAGGCUUUCAACCGUAGGGAUAGUUCAACUGUCCCAAUCAACCGUCCAACAGGAUGGAGCGAGAUCGUCUCAGCCAUACAUUAUGUCUUUGGGGCUUUGGCCAUAAGUCUUAUUGUGUUUUUGGCCUUUAGGUUUAAUAACUUUGAUUAA